AUGCUCUAUACACCCAUUGUUGGGCUUUACCUACCACAAUAUUGGAUCCUUUCUGAGGUCUCGCGGCCAUCUUGGCCACGCAAUGUAGUUGAGGUUCUUAAAUAUUGCGAGUCUUGCGAACGAGUUGCAGCAAGGUCCGCGUAUCUCCUCGCCGCGACAUUGAACGAGUCUGGGGCGUUCGAUGAGGCCGUCAAAGCUUUUCAGCAGGCUUUGGAAAUCUCGAGCAGCAUUCGGGAAGAGUUUGGCCCCGACGAUAUCAGCGAAGCCUACCUUGAUCUGUUUGUUUUAUAUUCCAAUGGAUGA